CCUGGAGCACCUGUGGUUAUGUAUCGCCAGCAAACAAUUACAUAAAGCCUAUACACUGCUGACUGUGAGGGCUCAUCAGCUUACAGCAGAGGAUUUUGUAAACUGGAUUAGUGGUAGAUUUAAACUCUGCAUUUAGGUUCAAGAAGUGAAAAUAAUCAGUGAGCCUGUCUGUGCAUUAGGUAUAAAAAGGCUCGGCUGCUGAUGUCUCAACACAGCUCACAGCUCUUGCUGACGGCUCUGCACUGACGGAUACUUUCAUUCUUACGGAGGACUUGCUUUACACUUCAGGUAAGAGGACCAAACAAACAAAGAUGGAGGAGCAAGAGUCAAUAUAUGAAGGAUGAAAAUUACAGCUAACAUGUUCUCCAUUUGGGUUUUCUCCAGAAUGGACUUCCAAGUCUUUACCCUGGUGAUGCUGUUCCUGGCCUGUGUGGAGCAGGGUCUGGCCUCCUGCGUGGUGGACAGCUUCACAGUCAAACAGGACUUCGACCCCAAAAGAGUGAGUACAGAUAUCUAACUUUGGACAUCCAUAUAUACACCAACAAACACCACAUUUUAGUGGUUAAUACAGCUGCAGUAGGAAGCGUAAACAGAGUAAAAAAUUUGGGCUUCUUCAACAUAAACCGAGAUAUCGUCUGCAUACGGAGAAAUACUGUAGCAUCAUUCUCGCUGUAUUUGUCAGAUAUUGGAAACUGAGACACUAUGUCUCAUUCUGUUGUACACAAACACAUAAAAUUAUCACGUUUUCCAUCAGAAUUCAUAUUAAUCUCCAUGUUUUUUUCCAUGCAGUAUGAAGGAAAGUGGUACGCUCUGCAGAAGAAGGAUCCCGAGGGUUUGUUCCUGCAGGACAACAUCUCUGCUGAAUACACUGUUGGGGAUGAUGGCUCCAUGAUUGCCUCCUCCAGAGGCAGAGUCACUCUCUUCGGGUGUGUUUGCCACUCUUUACAAAUCUAUUUAACAGCUUUUAAUAGUUUUUAUUCCCACCAGCAUCUCUAAUUAAACUUUUUCUCUCUUGACUUUCAGAUUCUGGGUUGUGUGUGCUGACAUGGCCGCCCAGUACUCAGUCCCUGACCCCGGCACUCCCGGCAAGAUGUUCAUGAACUACCAGGGACUCGCCAGCUACCUCUCCAGCGGCGGUGAGCCUCCUCAGUUUAACCCUAACACAUCCUCUUAUUGUUUCCCUGAAAAUCCAGACUAAGUGUCCAGCUCUCUGCUCUUCCAGGUGACAACUACUGGGUGAUCGACACCGACUACGACAACUACGCCAUCACCUACGCCUGCCGCAAGCUGAAGGAUGACGGAAGCUGCGAGGAUGGAUACGCCCUGGUUUUCUCCCGCAACCCCCGUGGCCUCCCCCCUGCCAUCCAGAGACAGGUCCGCCAGAAACAGGAGGAAAUCUGCAUGGCCGGAGAGUUCCAGCCCGUCCUGCAGUCUGGUACGCAUACACAGCAUCCAUCUGAACUUCAGUUUUAGACCCAGAUUUGCACGUUAGUCGAGCUGCAAAUCCUUUAAAGACAUCUGAAAGUCUUGAAAAGCUUCUUAAAGGUUGCUUAAAUAUAUAAAAACUGCAAAAGCCAUCAAUUUUGAUCCGUCAAUCUUCUGUCUUUUCUCUCUCUACAGGUGCUUGCUAAACUGCUCCAACGCUUCAUCAUCCUGGAUUCAUCCAUCAGCCCACAAAGAAGACGGAGCUCUUCUUAAAAAUGCAAAAUAGUAGAAAAAAUCCUGUGACGUUUGUUUCAGUUACAUAGGAGAGAAUAAUUGGAUGAAUCCAAAUUGACACCCAAAGAGAAAAUUAAAGGACCACUGCCAAAAAUUAACGACAAGCCAAAUCAAAAAGGCGUUAUUUCAGGUCGGGUGAUUACGGACCAUUUCUUCUGUCACACUGAUGGAAAACAGCUGCACUGCAAAUUCAUUCUGUAUCAGAGACAAUAAAAUUUUAUAAAGAAACUUUUCUGUUGUGCUUCUUUUUUUUUUUUGAGGAAAGAAAUGUGAGAGCUGAGGCUGGAGAUUCAGAGUUGACUUCUUUUACUCUUAAAAACAAAUGAACAAAAUUUAAGAAUCUAAAAAUAGAAAAAAGGACAAAUUGUUACAGAUUUUACAUCGAUGCUGCUCUGAUUGCUUCUGCGUUAUAAAAAACGAUUGUUUCUAUGUGUUGAAGCUAAAAACAAUAACAUGUUACAUACAAAUACACAAAAUGCACUAUUACUCCAACCUUAUUU